AUGCGGCCGUCACGAAAUCGAACAAAUGUCAACACCUACAACUUGAAGAUACUGUCAGGUAUCGUUAGUCGCACCCGCAAGCGCCAGGGCAGCAGCGGCAACUCUGAGGUCAAAGAUGAAGCCCCGCCUACGCCACAAAUUGCCACGCAGGAAGGGAUCCAGGCAGCAGAAUCCGGCUCUCUCGACCAGACUAGCGGGCUGCCUUCACCAGUCAUACCACCUAGCCUGCUUGAACUAGGAAGAUCUCCAAGCAAUGGAGAGGCCAAAACAGCUCAACAGAGUCGGCCAACCAGCUCGCAAACUUCUAGGCGUUCUUGCAAAUGCUUCAAUCCUUAUGAUGAUUCAAACGGACACUUUUACGCCGUCAAUCAACUCUUCAGUCAAGGCGUUUGGAUUGGCUAUCUAGCACCAGACCGACAUAAGGAGUCAUUUCGGGAGCUUCCUUCGUUUUAUACGUUGAAAUCCAACUAUGCUAAGCUCAUGUCGCCAUAUCCUAGAGCAACACAGGGCUUGGUGGGACAGCCUCGCCAUGCUGUUUGUCGGGGAUGCGUUUCGGGUACUUCAAAAGUGUUCGAAUUGAGAGAAGUCCAGUUUUACGGCAAGUCUAAACUAGUAAUCAUGCCCCUUGAUGGUGACGACGAAGCCGGAGUUUUCGCCAUCAUGUUGCCACAGAAGCAUGAUAGAAGUCUACACGGUCUUCAAUCCUACCGGCCUUGGGAGAUCAUUGAAAGUGAUAACGGACAACGUUUUUUCAAUGACUACGAAGUGCUCACGCUCCGCAAUCUUGACAGUAGUGCCGAUGUACUAGCUACAGCUCUCGAAGCACUGCCAAUACUAGGGCGUACUAAGACUGCGGUGGAAUUGAAGAAGCGGUCAGUGUCGGAUUCGAAUUACAUCUAUGAUACUUCUACCCUUUCUGCAUCAAGUAUGCCAGACACUUCGACGCCAACAACGCGAACGCUAGAAGAGGGAGAUAUCAGAGAAGAUGAUAUUCAAGAAGAUGAGUCGAUCAGAACAAAGCGACAUAGAAGUAGCACAGCGACCUCGCGCAAGUCCCAUACCAUAGAGGAGGAAAGGCCCAGUGACUAUGAUAGCCCUGUAUGUUCAGGUGCCGGAAACUUCGUGGAGACGCCCCUUGACUGUGCUGCCCAGAGCCCUGGAACAUCCACCCCAAACCUACAGCCGCGAGUCACGAAACGCCAUUUAUCCCCCGAGACUGUAAAUCUCGAGCUCACCAAGGAACAAGCCGACCGCAUAUACAUAAUAUGGAUCGUCAAAGACCGAGAUCUAGAAUAUGAAUUCGUCCAUACGAUUAGUGAAUGCAAGACGUUCGCAGGCCUACUUAGACUGCUGGAAGAAGACACCGAGGCCAUCCCUGCCAUUGCCGAGAUCCUAAAAAGAACAAAGACGUGGCGCUUGUGCUGCAGUCUUGGCGGUCAUGGUGGUAUGAACAAGGCGCUGAUCGCUCGUGAAGGAAAGAAGGCUGCAUUUGACCGAUUGCAGACCAUACUCGCAGAAGCCCCUCUCUGGAACGCGAAUUCACAUGGUCGAGUUCAUGUUGAACUCAGGUCUUUGGGCUGA